UCAGCAGGUGGAGCUGCUUUCUGUCAUCCUCCAUGUCAGCUGUUCUUAAUAGAUGGUUACAUGUUUACAUAUGUUGUUUUUGUUUGUUUGUAUACUGGAGUAUAGCAACAAAAAUAAUUUCCCCCUGGGAUUAUCAAAAUAUUUCUGAUUCUGAUUCUGAACUAAUCUAACUGACCGUGAUCAUGCUCCUGAUGCAGUCUCUGAUAGGACAGACCACGCUGACGAGGACACCUGAUAACAUCAAGGCUGGUGGACCAAGAUAAACACUGUACAUGGUCAGGGUGAGGGCGCACACACAGACACACACACACACACAAACACACACACGCACACACAAACACACACACACACACAAACACACACACACACACACACACACACACACACACCUGACCUCUGACCCCUCCAAGGUCUGCCCACACGAGACAUUAAAAGCUGGACUCUUCAGCCUCCCUCUUCAUUUCAUCUCAGCCAUGUUCACUCGUCUCCUCUCCUCUGUCCCUACCUGUAUCUGUCCUCCCUUCCUCUCCUCCUCCCUCCUCCUCAUCUUCUUCUUCAUUGUCGUGGCUGUCAUCCUCUUCCUGAUCACCCACCAGUCCGUCCCACCUGCUCCAGCUCAGGUCUCCAUCCCCUGCCUGCCCCGGCUGCCUGGCCUGGGCAGCCUCCCCUGGCUGGGAGGAGGCCUCCCUCCACACCUCCUCUUCAUGGAGCUGGCCCACAGGUACGGCUCUCUGUUUGCUCUCUACCUCGGCCCUCACUACACUGUGGUAGUAAACGACCAUCAACACGCCCGAGAGGUUCUACUGCAGAGAGGGAGAGACUUCGCUGGAAGGCCGAGCAUGGUGACCACCAACCUGCUGACCAGAGGAGGUAAAGACAUCGCAUUUUCUGACUACUCUCCUCUCUGGAAGUCACACCGUCGCCUCGUCCAUAACUCCUUCACAAUGUUUGGAGAAGGAACCAGUCGACUACAGGACAUUGUUCUGUCCUCAGUGGACAGUCUGUGUGCCGAGUUGUUGUCCAGUGGGUCAUGUGGCUUCGACCCGUCUUCGGCAGUGACCAGGGCUGUCACAAACGUGGUGUGCACGCUGGUGUUCAGUGCCACCUAUCACCACAACGAUGCUGAACUUCAGGAGGUUAUCCGAUACAACGAUGGUAUCGUGCAGACGAUUGCCCAAGGAGGACUGGUGGACAUUUACCCCUGGAUGAAGGUCUUUCCUAACAAGUGUCUAAGUAAACUGAAGGAGUGUAUCACCAUCAGAGACCAACUGCUGUCACACAAACUGGAGGAGCACAAGGCCUCGCUGGGUGACGGUGACCCCCGUGACCUUCUGGAUGCCUUGCUAAAGGGCCAGAUGGACAGUGGGCGGGGUCAAAAGUCAUCCAGGUCGGCGGACGAGAGGAUCACAGAUGACCACGUCCUGAUGACAGCAGCUGAGGCUUUCGGAGCUGGAGUUGAGACAACGUCCACCACCCUGCUGUGGAUCCUGGCUUAUCUGCUGCACCACCCGGAGGUUCAGGAGCGCGUGCAGAAGGAGCUGGAUGAACAGGUGGGUGCUGAGCGACCGGUGUGUAUGUCAGACCGUGGCCGGCUGCCGUACCUGGACUGUGUCAUCAAUGAGGGGAUGAGGAUUCGACCGGUCAGCCCUGUGCUCAUCCCACACACCGCCAUGACCGACAGCAGUAUUGGCGGCCACUCUGUCAGUUGUGGUACUCGGGUUUUGGUCAACAUGUGGUCGAUUCACCACGACCCCCGACACUGGGACAAACCCGACCUGUUCAACCCAGAUCGUUUCCUUGACGACCAGGGCCAGCGGGUCACACCUUCCUGCUUCCUGCCGUUCGGGGCGGGACCACGAGUCUGCGUCGGCGAAUCGUUGGCCCGGCUGGAGCUCUUUCUGUUCUUGUCCUCUCUGCUCCAGCGAAUUAGCUUCAGGCUGCCGGACGGGGCUCCCCUGCCCAACCUGCAGGGGCGGCUGGGCGUGGUCUUACAGCCGUUACCUUAUAAGGUCGCUGUCGCUCCGAGGGCAGGGUGGUAACUAAAGUUUGAUGUUUGAUGUUCUACCUGUUCCAGCUCCGUGCAGCAGAUCUGAAGAGGACCUGUUUACACAGGCGUCUGUAAAGAGCUUCAUCUCCUUUUAUAAAAUCUUCCCGUUACGUAACUAAUUAGCAGACAUGAUCGUCAAACAAACUGUAAAUGUGAUACGGUGACUGAAUGUCAGGUGUGUCACGUAAGGUGAAACAGGGAUAAACAUCCUUUUUUGAAGCAGAUAUAGGAGUACACGUACAAAUCAAGUCAAAACUGGCUGAAUUGUAAAAGGUCGUAACAUGAAGAGCCGUUUGGGAUCGUGAUGGGAAGUUCGGUUCUUUUUAGGGAGUCAAAUCAUUUGACUCAGAUCACCAAGAAGAGCCGGCUCUUUUGACUCCCAAACAGCUCUUCGUGUUAACACUUACACCUUUAAUAAUUCACCCAAAUUCAUCGUAAUACUUUUCCCGAAAAAGAAAAAGAACCGCUCUCAUUGUUCACUUAAGAGAGAGCGGCUCUUUGAACCGGCUCUUCUUGGUCGAAUACCUGGCUCACUAAAAACAACAUAAGAAUAUGUAACUGUAUGUCUACCACUGACAUCUAGUGGUUAAAAGGUGGAACUGCAGUCAGCAUACUGGAGAGACUGACGCUUCACCGUGUUUUAUACGAAGCAGCAGCUUCUACGUCUCAGAGAAGUUUCAUUUAGUUUGAAGAUAAACGUGCAGAAUGAACUCAUCUCACAGCGAUGUGGUCGCCGUGAAUAUGCCACAUAAUGUUCCUUUAAGUGCCUGAUAACAAGAAAAUAUAUAAUAUAAAAAAAUCGAAUGGAUAAAAUAUGUUCAACAUGAUCUAGAAAGUUUUCUAGAAAUAAAGAUUUCCAAUUUAAAAGAUGAAUUCUGUGUGUUUGAGCUUCAUGAACACACACACACACUCAGCUAGAUUUAACAGUUUUAUUCAGUAUAUCUUCACACACUUUUAGAACAGGCUGGUUUAGUUAGAUCACACACAUACAUCCACACACACACCAUUAAUUUAGUCAUACUAAUAAUUAGCAUUGUUAUCAUCAUCAUAAUAUUAAGGGACUUGAAAGACUAAUCUUUUCUCUGCUUCCUUCAACUCUGACACAAACCUCAUGCAAACAGGAAGGACAGGAGAGAAGAGACAGAAACGUUCUUUAGACAGACGGGGGAGGGAACACAGGUGAAGCUGCUCCUCAUCGGGCAGGUGAAAGUUGAUCCGUCACGUUUAACGGAGAUGAGAUUCCGAGUUGUCUAAAACUUUGACUGGGUUCACAUUUCAGGAUUGGCAGCUGGUGGUCAUCCCGGAAACAGACGUCCUUUAAGCACUGUGUCUAAUAAGUGAAGUUCAUACGAUGAUUUUUCUCUAACAUGCCCUCCGUCAGCUCCUGACCUCGAUGACUAAAUCUGCAUUUUGUCUGUUUCUUUGAAUCUGAUGGGCCCAAAGUUGGGUCAGCUGAAGUUGAAUAUUUUUAACCAACAUCAGCAACCGAUGCCGUCACUUGUGUGCUACAGGUUGGCGUUCAUGUUUGGUAACUGACCAGUGGUUCAGUCAGUUGUCUAGUGUGCUUAGUUAGUCGCUGAUGUGUGUUUGGGUUUGAUGUCCUAAGCUUUAUGUUUAGAAGAGGUCAAUAAACUCAGUUAUACUUUUAGAUAAAUACACCGGACUCAAUUUUUUGUUACCAAAUCUGUCAAUGUGAAUCCAGUCAGUGUGAAACUCUUCAGGUCUUUAGAGAGGACUACUAUUAAAGAAUUUUUCUUUGAAUGAGGGUUUCCAAACGUUAGACCAGCCCUGACAUCAGCCUCGUGUGCGGAGAUCAGUCAAUAGGACUUUAUCCCUAAAAGUCUCACAGCACCAGAGUCUGAUACAAUCGUCUUCAUGAAAGUUGAUUUCCAACACUAAGAUGCUCGCCUCAAUGUCAACACUCUGCUGGUACUGUGAGGAAGUUUGGAGCGGUUUCCCUUCAUGAGGCUGAUCUCAGAGCUGCCUGAGAUACAGAUUUCUGCAGUCAUUGCGAUCAAAAGUCCACUCACACAGAGCAACGACAGCUCUAUCUAAUGCUAAGUAGUAACAGCUGUCAAGUAGAAAUGGCACUCUGUAACCAUGGAGAUAUAUAACCUUAUUAGUUCAGGUAAACAAAAAACACCAUCAACCACAACAUCAACGGCUCGGUAUCAACCCGGAGGUCCUUCAGCCUCUACGAGCUCUCAAACCAGAUUCAUGUACCACAAAGGGUUAAAAAACAUUUUAUCCGUCCAUGUAUGCAUCCAAUCUGCUGUAUGUUGGUUUCCAUCCAGCUGUUCGCUCUGUUGCUGCCUUUCCGUGGCAGGACAUUGCUUUUGUCAUAAUGAGCGUUGUCCAUCAUGGGAACCUGUCAGCUACUGGUUAGCCAAGUACGUGAAGUCCGUGUUGUAAUGCAGCAUGGACACAGGGUUUAAGGAUCAGUCUCUUCCAUUUAGACGACCAUCAGAUGACCAGCGCUUGUCCUAGUUACAGAGGAACCUGAAUGCAUCACGGCCUCAAGCUCCCGUCUUCACUUGAACAGUCCGAGAGUUCUGGUUCUGGAACUCUUUCUCUCAUUGGCUAAAGGUCAGGCUUCACCUGGCAUCUGUGUGAAACAUUUGUGAAACUUUCUAACGCAGUUAAAAAACUAAAGAAAAGAAAAAGUGCACUUUGUGGGAGCAGGUGUGAAAAACGAACUCGUUUCUCCACUCCAACCAACUUCUACAUUCAAUCUGACAGCGUCCCUGUGACAGCGUGGGCUAUGGUUUGUUGAAGGUAUUUACACACAGACUUUUGCUGAUGAAAAAUAUUGCUCUUCACUAAUUUCAGAUUCACCGUUAUGCAUUAAACGACCAUUAAUAAGUAAGAAAUCUAUUCUGUCUUUAUGUCACAAAAUAUCAAUAACAGGUUACUGUCACUGUAAGACCUGAAACAUCUGGAUGAUGAAAAUUUAUAUUUCAGCUAUUUCAGAGUUUAGACUGUGUGGAGGCCGAAGACUUCUUGUUGUAUCUGAGCUCAAAUUCAGAUGUAGACAAAGAUGGGAACGAUGACGUGUUGUCAUCAUCUCUGUUCUGUUUGGUGCUUUGUUUCUGUUUCCUAAAAGUGCCCAUUGUUUAUUCUCGUUUAUGCAAAAGGCUUCUCUCAGCCGAGAGACACAUAAAACCAAAUGAUCCAUCGACACCCUGAAAUCUUCCAUCAGGAUCAAGUUGCCACAUCAAAUCUGAAAGAAACUAACCACCUAAUUCUGCUCUCCUGACAGACUAAUGAAUGAAUCAGUCUUCCCUCUGUGAAUCAUCCUCCCACAUUUGUCUUUCUUCAUUUCCAAAACAGCCAAUUUGUUCCCGGCUCUUUUCCAAAUCUCCGUCAUCACUGAGGACGAGCGAGCUGUCUUCUGAUAAACAUUCAACUAUUUAAAGUUCUUGUCUUGUUUUGAUGGACAUACGUAAGAAAGAAAAUGUCGGGGAGGCGUAAUGCACCAUGGUGACCAUGUUUUAUGUGGGAUGGAGGGAAAGAUUCCAUGUCUACCACAGUGAAUGACAGUUCCUUUGUGGAUAUCUAACUGCAUUCAUAUUGGUGAACAGAUAUGCGCCGCGAAAGACUGAAUAGGCAACUGAUUAACAUCCAUUCCACGGCUAAAUAAAGCUGCUGGCUAGUUAGCAAGAUUAUAAUAACCAGUAGUACCAGAAGUACUUAACCACCCAGCUGCCAGAUGUAUGCAGAUGUGUGGGUGACUGAUUCAUUCAUUUGAUUUCACUAAUUAAUCUCACUGAUCAACCGCUGGUGGCAAUAACUGACCAAGGAAUGCCGUAAACACAGAUGUAGGUGAGCACUUCCGUAACAUAAGUGGACGUGAAGUGAAAGAUAUCUGAACACUUCUGUGUUUUUUUGUACCAGUCUCAGUCUGUGUGUUAACGUGGACUUAAACUACGGAGAUCAGUGAUGUGCCCUUUUUCUGUAAUACUUCACCAUACAUCGGGUGACCUGUUGGAAAAAAGGCAGGGCUCUCUUGUUUACACUCGAGAACAGCUGUUAGCGCUAGCAUACUCUUCGUGUACAGACUGGAGAUCCCUGCUGAAGAGAAGGGGAUGCAGAGCUGAUCUAAAGACGG